AUGCCCGGUACUAAUUCCCAGAUACCCUCGUCUCCUGAUAGGAACGGGUCAGCAGCUCAUGGGUCGUCUGCUUGGCAUGGAGGUUCGAGCACUUCGGGAUUGCCAAGUUCUGCGACUUACGGGACUCCUGGUCUUGGAACUGGUGGUACUACCACUACUGGUGGUGGUAUUGGUUCCGGCAAUUUGACUUCGUCGCGAAGAUCGUCUUUUUUUAACGGAGCAGGUGGUGGACUUAAUUCCAUCGAGCACUUUGCUUCGUCCUAUACUAGAGCUCAGUCGUUCUUGGCGAUUGAACCUCCUAGCGAAAUAUCUCGACAGAGAUCAUUUUUUGAUGAAACUGGUUCUCCUGUUAUUCCCUCGAGCUUUGCAUCCAGAUACAGACCUCAUUUCGAUGAGGGAACUGAUUUUACCGAUGCUAUUGAUGAAGAUGGCUAUGAAAGUUCGACCUAUUUAGACGACAACGAAGACGCAUCUGGCCAUAUAUCCACAGGGGGCACCGAACCAUCUCAAACAGACCAUUUACUCGGUCAUAAUGAAUCCCUGUAUGGGUCUUAUAAAAGUACCUCAACUUCUGGGGGAUACUUGAAUAUCCCCACUCACAACCGUCGACACCCAAGAUCAAGAAGACUGUCGUUAUACACCGCUGAACCUGACCAAGGAACACAUAUUCUCGGUGAAUCACAGGCCAUAUCCACCGGUACAGAACAGGAUCCUGUUAUUAUUCAAAAAGUCGAGGACGAGGAUGGUCAUAUCACUACUGUAAUUGCUGGUCAGUCUACUGCUCCGCAAACUGUGUUCAACUCAGUCAACAUUCUCAUCGGUAUUGGUUUACUAGCACUGCCUCUUGGUUUUAGAUAUGCUGGUUGGGUCAUUGGAUGUAUACUCCUGGUUAUUUCAGCAGCAUCCACAUUCUACUCUGCCAAACUUCUUGCCAAAUGCCUUGAUACCGACAGUACUAUUGUUACAUAUGCCGAUGUUGCUUAUGCGGCAUUCGGUUCGCGAGCACGUAUUCUUGUAUCCAUGCUCUUUACAAUUGAACUCAUGGGUGCUGGAGUCUCACUUGUAGUCUUGUUUUCCGACUCACUUCAUUCGCUGGUCCCCUCUAUCAGUCAAUUACAAUGGAAGUUUGUCGCAUUUGCCAUUCUCACCCCUCCAUGUUUCCUUCCUCUGAGAAUCCUCAGUUUUUCUAGUAUCAUGGGUAUCACUGCCACCUUUGCACUCGUAGUAAUUGUACUUUUCGACGGGUUUUAUAAAGCUGACAGUCCCGGAUCUUUGCUUCACCCUGCUACAACCUGGAUGUGGCCCGAGAAGUGGUCACUGUUGCCAAUGUCUAUAGGUAUUUUCAUGGCUCCCUGGGGUGGACAUGCCGUGUUCCCCAAUAUCUACCGAGACAUGAGACAUCCUCAGAAAUACGGCCAGUGUCUUAAGACCACAUAUAAAAUUACUUUCUUAGUAGACGCUUCUAUGGGAGUACUAGGAUUUCUCAUGUUUGGCCAGGAUGUUAUGGACGAGGUCACGAAGAGCAUUCUUCUCACCCCUGGCUACCCUGAAUCAUUAAACUAUCUCAUCACCCUGCUAAUCGCUACAAUUCCACUUGCCAAGACACCUCUCAAUGCUCGACCCAUUGUUAGUACUUUAGACAUCCUCUUCGGUAUUGACAAAGUAGAAUUCGGUGACAAAACAAGCCACCAUUUCGGUGCUCGAAUUGGCAAAUUCCUCGUGCGGGUCAGUGUAGUCGCCAGCUUCGUGCUCAUGGCCAUUGCCUUCCCAGACUUCGACCGUAUCAUCGCAUUCUUCGGCAGUCUGCUCUGCGUCACCAUUUGCAUGAUCCUCCCCCUCUCCUUCUACCUCAAACUCUACGCGGGCCGCAUCUCCAAAUUCGAGCUCAUCCUCGACUACAUCCUUCUCGUCUUCUUCUCCAUCCUCGCCAUCGUCGGCACCAUCUGGUGCAUGCUUCCUGCCGACCUCAUUGGCCGCGAAUAA